AGAGAGAGAGAGAGAGAGAGAGAGAGAGAGAGAGAGAGAGAGAGAGAGAGAGAGAGAGAGAGAGAAUGAAUCUUUAACUUUAUACCAUCAGAAAAAUUCAAACACAUCCACAAUACUUCAACUCAGGGGAAGCUGCAAGGGAGUUAUUAUAGCAGGGCGAUAUAAGUGCUACUGUAUUCUGCGAAUAUAUAAGAUUUAAAAAAUAAUAAUAAUUGUAUUUAAAAUACACAGUUUUUUUACUAUUAUUUUUAUUGGCAAAUUAUAUAUAUAUAUAUAUAACUUUUUUUGGAGUCAAAACUUUUUAUAUAUAAAUAAUUUAACUUACAACAAGUGCAUUCUUUUCAAAACGUUUCUUUUUUGUAUUUAACUUCAUAUGGAAAAUAAAUACUCAUAACAAACUAAUUUAAUAUAUACCUGUUGAUAGAUACAAUUAUAGAUACAGGUUAUGAAAUAUAUUGUGUUUAAAGAAGAGGCUUGCCUUAAUACAUGCCUCAAGCUAAGAUGAUGUUUCUAAUAAUCCACCUCGGAUGCGCAAGGAGUUAUAUUAAUCAUUUUAAACCCUAACUGCUGACUAAAUUUAAACACAAUAAUAUUAAUAAUACAAAAAUAAUAAUAACAGAAAGCAUCGAUUUUUUUUAUUUUGGCUAUUUUUGUUUUAUUUUUUAUUCUAAACAAUACAUUAUUUUCACGAAGGAUGCAAAAUACAAGAGAAGUGAUCCAGGACUCCUCAGCCAGCGUCACCAUGCUUUUUGAAAGUUUUGACCUGGUGUCUGUCCUGGCCACCGUCGCCGCUUGCCUGGUGUCAAUGGCUCUCCUGCUAGCUGUAUCCCAGCAACUGUGGCAGCUUCGAUGGACAUCCACUCGGGACAAGAGCUGCAAACUGCCCAUCCCUAAGGGCUCAAUGGGCUUCCCCGUCAUCGGAGAGACGUGUCACUGGUUCUUCCAGGGCUCUGGAUUCCACUCCUCGCGGAGGCGGAAGUAUGGCAACGUGUUCAAGACGCACCUGCUGGGCCGGCCGCUGAUCCGCGUCACAGGGGCUGAGAACAUCAGGAAGGUGCUGAUGGGAGAACACAGCUUGGUCAGCGCCGAGUGGCCCCAGAGCACCAGCACCCUGCUGGGGCCCUACAGCCUGGCCAACUCCAUCGGGGACAUCCAUCGCAACAAGAGGAAGGUGUUUGCAAAGAUGUUCAGCCACGAGGCUCUGGAGAGCUACUUGCCGAAGAUCCAGCAGGUGAUCCAGGACACUGUGAGGGUGUGGAGCAGCAAGCCGGAGCCCAUCAGCGUGUAUCGUGAGUCCCAGCGGCUCUCCUUCCACAUGGCCGUGCGCGUGCUCCUGGGCUUCCGCGUCUCAGACGAGGAGAUGAGGCACCUCUUCAACACCUUCCAGGACUUUGUCAACAACGUCUUCUCCCUGCCCCUCGACCUGCCCUUCAGCGGCUACCGCAAGGGUAUCCGAGCCAGGGACACCCUCCAGAAGGGCAUAGAGAAGGCAAUUAGGGAGAAGCUGCAGAGCACCCAAGGGAAGGACUAUGCAGACGCCCUGGACAUCCUCAUUGACAGCGGCAAGGAGCACGGCAAUGAGCUGAGCAUGCAGGAGCUCAAGGAGUCCACUAUCGAGCUGAUCUUCGCUGCCUUUGCUACCACGGCCAGUGCCAGCACGUCCCUCAUCAUGCAACUUCUAAAGCACCCGGCAGUGCUGGAGAAACUGCGUGAGGAGCUGCGGAGCAACGGCAUCCUGCACAAUGGCUGCCUGUGUGAGGGAGCACUGCGUCUCGACUCCCUCUUCAGCCUCAAGUACCUGGACUGCGUCAUCAAGGAGGUGCUGCGACUCUACACACCCGUCUCAGGAGGCUACCGGACUGCCCUCCAAACCUUCGAGCUUGACGGGUUCCAGAUUCCUAAAGGCUGGAGUGUGAUGUACAGUAUCAGGGACACCCACGACACAGCCUCGGUCUUCAAGGACGUGGACACCUUCGACCCGGACCGCUUCAGCCAGGAGCGCAGCGAGGACAAGGACGGACGCUUUCACUACCUGCCCUUCGGAGGGGGGGUGCGGACAUGCCUGGGUAAGCAGCUGGCCAAACUGUUCCUGCGGGUGCUGGCCGUGGAGCUGGCCAGCACCAGCCGUUUCGAGCUGGCAACUAGGACUUUCCCAGGCGUCAUUACCGUGCCUGUCGUGCACCCCGUGGACGGCUUGAAGGUCAAGUUCUUUGGACUCGACUCCAACCAGAACGAAAUCAUGGCCGAGACAGAUGAAAUGCUGGGGGCCACUGUCUGACCAGGAGGAAGGAGGGCACGGGCUUGCAGGGCCAAACUCGAAGACAAACAAACAAACAAACAAACAAACAAACAAGCAGUACACAAAAUGAGAACAAGACAAAAGAAAAGCGUCCUGGACUUGCUGAAUGCUAACUUCAUGUGAAAAGACAAAACAAGCAAACAAGCAAACAUCAUGAAGCUGCCAAAAAUGUAUAGAUUUCAUUUAUUUAUAUAUAUAUAUAUAUAUAUAUAUAUAUAUAUAUAUAUAUAUAUAUAUAUAUAUAUAUAAUAUGUGUGUGUGAGGAUCAGCUAUGUGGGGUGGGGGUAGGUGGGAACUAAUACUUUACAACCACAGGGAAUAAAACAAAAGUGAUGAAGGUGGGCGGAUUAUAUUUGUGUAUUAAAAACAGUGAUGAAAAGCUAAAACACACCUCUUUGUAAGAAGCGGUGCCAAUCUAUGAAAUAAAGGAAACAGGGUGUAGAAAUACUAAAGGACAGGGAAUGAGAGAAAAGAGAUUAACGAGAGGAGGAGACAAUAAGAAAGAAAGAAACAAAGAUAGGGUAAACACAGGGUCACGUAAUGGGCGAAAAGAUGUAAGGAUAAUAAAAAGUGGGAGAGUAUAGACUUGCAAGUAAAAGGCCUUACUUGACUUUAUAGACUGUGAUGGAUUGGUAUUACCUGACUGUACAGACUGUGAUGGAUUGGUAUUACCUGACUGUACAGACUGUGAUGGAUUGGUAUUACCUGACUGUACAGACUGUGAUGGAUUGGUAUUACCUGACUGUACAGAUUGGUAUUACCUGACUGUGCAGACUGUGAUGGAUUGGUAUUACCUGACUGUACAGAUUGGUAUUACCUGACUGUACAGACUGUGAUGGAUUGGUAUUACCUGACUGUACAGAUUGGUAUUACCUGACUGUACAGACUGUGAUGGAUUGGUAUUACCUGACUGUACAGAUUGAAAGAGCCCAGGGUAGAAACCCUUUUCUGCUUGUAUAGUCCCUCGGAGAGCUAUCGGUGUUAAAUACAGGAAUAUCCCUAAUAUAAAAGUAAUCAGAUAAUGUGCUGGGUAAGGUUACACUGCUUUCUCUAGCAGAAAAGUUUUUAACAUGAUCUGUUCAGCGAACCUGCUGAGUGGAAAAAAGGAAAAGAAAGAAAAGGUGAAGAAAAUCUCAAUUUUAUGUUUUUUUUUACAUGCUGCUAAGAAGCCAUUCAUGAAAGUCUCUGUGCAGAUUUACAUUGAUAUAAUAUUUUAACUGACAUUAUUUACACUGUAGUUAUUGCAUCAUAGUUGUUAUUUUCCAUACAUACUUAUUUAGCACGUGGGAUGUAUACUUUACAGUGCUGUUAUAUGUGUAAUUACAAUUUUUGCCUCAGAGUUAUUUUUCUUUAAAAAGGCAGAAUAAUUAAAAAAUUCAGUGUUACAAGAAAGUUGCAUCUGCUGCAGUGUUGGUGAGAAACAUCCUGCUGUUGUUAUGUAGGUCAUCGGAAGGCCACUGAAACAGCCAAUAGCAUUCCCUUGUCAGAAAGAGUGCGGAAAUGAGAACUCAAGAAGGAGCCCCAGCUUUGCAUACAACUCGCUAGCUGAUCAACUGAAGCCACCAAAGCAAGGAUAUGCUAUAAGAAGCUUCAAUGGCAGAAUAUAGAAUGCUUGGUCCCAAUUUUCCACCACUGUUUAGAUCAAUAGAAAAGAACUGAAUAACUCUUAUUAUUAACAUAGCCCAAAACAUCAGGUUUUAAAAAGGUGACUGCAGGUGGCACAGAUUGCUUCAGUUGUUAAAAUAAAUUAUCCAGUGGUGUGAAAUGUCUAAAGCUGAGAAAACACGACGCCACUUUGUGGCUUGGAACUUGGUUUCAGGAAACUAGGUUUCAGGCCACUGCAUGGCACACCAGAGGAGACUUGUUUGAUACAGCAAAGUUGCCUAAAACUAGGUCUCCUGGAACCAGGUUUCAAGCCACUGUUCCUGAAAAAGUGGCUUAGUGUUCUCUCAACUUAAGGAUUAUGUAACAUGCACACAAAGUUAUAAUGUAAUUGAAAUCUGUGUAGAGGAGAGAGCCAUGGGGAGGUUAACAAGAAGUAGACUUACAAGUUUGCAUUGUCUGUCUUUCUAAUAACCUAUCAUUAUUAUUAUACAUAUUGUAAUAAAUAUUAUUUUAAGUGCUAUUUUUGUUAAAUUUCAGAAUAGAGAUUUAGUAUAAAGAUUUUUUUUGGUAAAUAUUGUUUUAUUUAGUAUAACAUGGAUUUCUUUUUAUUGUAAACAGUGUUUAAAUGUUUAUUGUUUUUAUUAUGUUCAGUUGAUAUUAAUUAUAAAAGCACUUGUGAGUUUUUGUUAAUAUUUUAUGCCAUGUGUUCUCUGUGUGGUUAGAUGUUUGUGUGUGUGUUUGUAUGUAAAUAAUUAUAUUUCUUAAUACAGGUCAACAUUUUACUUUGUUAAAAUAUGAAGUGUUUCUUUGUGAUCUUAAAGUAAUGUACAUGGCAAUUUUAUAGACCCCUAUAAUAAAAAAGUAAAAAUGG